AUGUCGCAGUUGGCCAAAAAAGCUGUGGCAGUCAGCUUCAUCUUUCAGUUUCCAGACGGCAAUGAUUCGAAUAAGCCGCGGGUGGCUUUGUUUCGUAGGAGCGGGGAGGUGAAUACAUAUCAGCAUAAAUACGCCCCCAUCUCAGGCGGCGUCGAAGUCUCAGACGCUUCCCCCCUCGCAACCGCCUGGCGCGAACUCCACGAGGAAACCACCCUCACAGCGUCUUCUCUACGGCUCUUCCGACAGGGCAAACCGUAUUCCUUUACGGACCCCUCAGUAGGCCGCAUAUGGACCAUCAAUCCCUUUGCAUUUAUCCUGAAACCCGCUGGCGAAGAGGGCAUCACGAUUGAUUGGGAGCAUGAGGGGUACAAGUGGUUUGACCCCGAUGAAGUCACUGACGAUGAGUCUUUUCAAGGAGUGCCUCGGCUUAAGGAAAGUUUGAGGAGGGUGUGGUUUGACAUUGAUCUGGGUAAAGAUGCUGGUGGUUUUUUGGCAGCUGGACUGAAAACACUGCAAGAGGACCAUGAGAGCGGCGCGAGACAAUUGGCGUCUACAGCACUGAACAUAUAUCUCGACGUGAUUCCCCGAAUCGACACAAGCAAUCGAGAAACAUGGUGGAAGAACAUCCAGUUCACAGGCUGGCAUCUAUGGAAGAACGGUAGAGAAAGCAUGGGAGCACCCAUCCUCAGCGUCGUCCUCUCCAGCCUCUCCCUCAUCGAACAACAUCUCCAAUCCACCACCCAAAGCUCCCUCUCAAAAGAACUCAUCAAAGAAAUCUGCGCUGCAAUCAAACACCUCGCUCAGCAAAGACACCAAUCGGGAACCAAAAUCGCAACUGCAUUCUCCUCAUUCCUCGAUAAAACUUUCCCCUUCCCACCCACCAAGCCCCUCAAAAUCGUCACUCUGUCAUCCAGCUCGACAAUCACAGCGUCAAUCUCGCUCAUUCUUAAAUCAGCUUCUCGCCCUCUUGACAUACACAUCCUCGAAUCCCGCCCCCUCUUCGAAGGCGUCACCGCCGCACGCCGCUUCUCCUCCCUCAACGCCGAAAACAAAAGCAGCAUCACCAUUCACACAGACGCAAGCGCCGCCCUCGCCUCCAAAGACGCACACGUCCUCCUCCUCGGCGCAGACCUCAUCGACAAGACCGGCAACGUGAGCAACAAAACCGGUUCCCUCCCCGCCGUGCUCGCCGCCAAACACGUCUCUCCAGAGGUUAAAGUCGUCGUGCUGUCAGAAAAGGAAAAAGUGCUGCCGUUUGAUCCUCCAGGCCAUGAGGAAAACGACAGCGAGGAGCUCAUUCGCGGCUGGAAGGGGAUAUUAGGUCCGGAGGUGGGAUUACAGGGCGUGAGUGUCACAAAUGUGUAUUUCGAGUGGGUGCCUGCGAGGCUGGUGGAUGUCUAUUUGACAGAGGAUGGCGCCGAGGGCACGGAACAUGUUGAAGCAUGGGCGCGGGAGGUGCAGCAAAAGGCUGGCCGGUUCUUUGACCAUCUUUGA